GAGAGAGGAGGAAAGGAGAGAGGCAGCAGCAGUGUGAGGAGAGACCAGAGCAGCCGUAACAGCAGCCGUCUGCAGGAGCCGCCAGGAGCUGCCUGACAGUCCAGGAUCAGGGUUUAAAGGACAGUAUGACAGCCGGAUCGUCUCCUGCUGGAAAAGUGUCACAGUUUAUCUCCCAGAGCAUCUUUAUGGACUAAGACCUGCUCCUCCAGCAGCUCUCUGUGCCAGAAUUCAGACUUCUUGAUCAAACCAGACAUCUGAAGAGCCUGCAGACCGUUUUAUGAUUUAUUUCUCACAGAGGGAGAAGUUUAAUGAUCUGGACUUUGCACAUCUCAUCUUCAGUUAAUUUAAUGUCUCCUGAUUUUUGGAUUUUUGGAGGAAGAGAAGUUUAGUAAUCUGGAUUAAUCUGGAUACAAUCCUGUGAAUUAUUCCAGGAGCUGUAGUAGAUAGUUUUUUAUAGUCUGCUGCUUUCUUUGAGAUUUGAGCUUUUAAAUGAUUUCAGUUGUUACAAACCAGAGUUAAUCCUGAUCAUCACUUUAAAGUCAGCAGUUUUAUGAUGGGAAAGAGAAGUUAUCUGGACUGUGCCAAUGACCUGGACACCUGCUGACUCUCCUUCAGUUUAUAUGAGGAGCUGUUGAAGAGUUAAAUAACAGAAUCUGGGGUUUUAAUCAAGGAAAAGGAAGUGGUUUUCAAGGACAAUCAACGACGGAUUACAAACAGUUUUAUAAUUUAUUCUGGACAAUUAAAGAAGCAAUUUAAUCCUGGUUAAUUCCUGGUUUUCACUGGUGAUCACUUCAAACGCCAACCAGACGACUGAAGGAUCCACAAGCAGUUUGUGAACAGAUCACUGGAAACCCUGUAGGCGACUGGAUUGCAGAGCGUCUUCUGCUUUUAACUUCAAUAGUUAUUUAACCCUUUGGAUCUCCAGCAUCCUGUGAGACUUCUGCUCACAAAGCUGCCUGCUGAACACCACGGCUCCAACAGCCGGAGGACUUCAACUGUCUGCUGUCAAUUUGCUGACACCGAAAGAGGUAAUUUGCAAGAAUUGGCUCCUGAGAAGGUGCACAAACCGGCUCCAGGAGCCACUUAUAGGACUCGAUCUCCUUGUUCAAACAUCAAGGAUGUCUUUUUCCACUGUUCAGGACUUUUUCAUACAUCAGAGUGGUUUUCUUCUGACACCAACAAAGAUUUUUUCUCUAUUCUGAAAUAAUUUUUCUUGUUAGACGCUUAUAAACAGCAUUUUCCAGCAUUGCAGAGCUCCCGCUGAAGGAUAUUUCCAUUUUUCUUUUUCCAAUACAAAGACUUUUUCCCCUGUUGGAUAUGUUGAAAAUGGCUCUCUGUUAAUGAUUUUCAGGGACAUUUGCGUCUGAGCUCGGCGGCGUGACGACUGCAGAAACUACAGCCGCCACUCAGAGGUGAUGUGAGGACAGCAUCGCAGGGGAGUCUGCUGCGAGUGUGUGUGCAUGCUGGAGAGAGAGAGUGUGUGUGUGAAGCUGGAGGCAUCUGGUUGUGUAUUUGAGUGUGUGUACUCAGAUGCCUCACUGCACUGCUGACGGGCCCAGACACCCACAUCACACGGGGCGACUUGGACACUUCUGAGUUAUUUCCUGUUGCUCAACAUUCGUUGACUCGCUGUGCGUAAAAUAAAUCAACCAGUCGGGUAUAAAAAAGGCAAAACUCCAGCAUGAACAAACAAAAUUUCCAAAUAUUUCUUGCGGAGAAGCUGUGGAGCCAAGCUGGAGGGCGAACAAGUCGACUCGGUCUGGAACGUGUUGCUCUGAUUGGAUGAUUAUGGACCUCUCUUCUCUUUGGCUGUUUUCAUUUUUCGGAACUAUUUGGGCUUUUUUUCCGGGGACACAGCAGGACUCCGGUCCUUUCACUGAGUUUUCAUUGAGACCAGGCAAGCUGAGGAGAAACAGGCCUUUGAUGGUAUGGGUAUUUUUCAUGAUUGAAAGUCUUGGAUCUUGGAUUACAGCUGUGACCCCCACUGGUUGCACAGCUUCAUGGGAGCUAUGAAGGCACUAAUGCCUCCUAACUGGUGUAGCAAGACAUGCUGACGAUACAAUUCAUUAUUCAUCAAAUUCAUCAAGUUUACUUCAUGCAACAUGGGAAUUGAUAGAUUGAUCUAUUAAGAGUCUCAUUUAAUGAGCUCAUAAGUAUUUAUUCCCCUUUCUGUUUUACUAUUUGCAAAAUAUAAAUAAACGUUUGUGAAUCAGGAGCUCUGUAGCUUCUGUCAUUAGUUGGACCACCUUUUAGCAGAUUAUUCUGUAACCCGUCAGGACACUUUUGUGCAGACAGCGACCACCCGCGGCCAUGCUCCCUGGAGGACUGGUGUCAGGUGGAGGUGGUCGCAGUGGCGGGCUGUGCCUGCUCCGGUGGCUUGGCCUCAGACUGUGGUCCCGUCGGGGGACCCUGGUGUUCGCUUUACUCUGGUUCGGCUCCUGGUUGUUCCUGAAUGGCCUAGUUCUGGUCCACAGGAGCAUCCUGUCUGACUACUGCACCGACGACAAGAGCAAGCGGAUCCUGCAGAGACUGUGUCUGGAGUUCGGGGAGGGCUCGGUGAAGGGGGACAUGUGUGAGGAUCUGUGUGUGCUCGGCCUGGUGGAGUACAAGCGCUGCCUGUACUACGAGAAUGGGAAGAAGGUGAUCGAGGCGCGCUGGAGAGGAAACCCCGUCAUCCUCAAGUCCAAACUGGAGAAUUUCUCCUCCUACGAGCCACUGGGAAUACUGGACUACCAGGACACAGCCGAGGAGCUCUCCCCUCUCGAUGUGGUUUUCUACGCCACUCUGGAAGUGCGAAACUCUCUGGGCCUGGCUGAGGAAGACGAGGAUGAGGAAGGAGGAGGAGGAGGAGGAGGAGGAGGAGGAGGAAAUAACAGCUAUCUGGCCAAACUUUGGGGGAAGAAGCUGAAAAACAGAGACAAGAGUUACUCCAGAGCGGAGCUGACCUCUCUGUGGUCCCUGCUGCAGCAGGAGGAGUACACCUUUCUCAGAGUGCUGCAGGACCUCAGCACCCACGUGGCCAAGGUGUUGGGCUCCUGUGGUCAUUUCUACGCCGUGGAGUACCUGUCUGCCGGCCACGCCUGGGACCAGAACAUCUUCUCCCUGGAGGAGGUAGCUGUUUCUGGGCUGCAGGGGGCGCGGGGGAGGUGGACCGCCAGGGAGAUGGUGCAUCGCAUCGCGCUGAGUUUUCUGGACAUGGUGUGGCACUUUGACAAUGACUUCACCCACAAACUGCACCUCUGCGACAUCAAACCAGAGAACUUUGCCAUCAGGAAGGACCUGACGGUAGUAGCGAUCGACGUGGACAUGGCGUUCUUUGAGCCGAAGAUGAGGGACAUCCUGGACCAGAACUGCAGCAGCGACGACGACUGUAACUUCUUCGACUGCUCGUCCAGGUGUAACCUGAACAAACGCCGGUGCAGCCCCCGCCGUCGCAACAGCAACCUGCAGGUGAUUUGUGAGAAGAUCUUCAGGCCGUGGUUUUCUCCCACACUGCUUGGGGCCAAAGCUGGGCUGCCACUGCAGGUGGAGCUGCAGCGAGCGGUGCAGGAGUGUUCAGAAACAGAAGGAGGUGCAGAGGAGGAUGGAGAUGGAGGAGGAGAGACAGGUCAGGGCAGAGGUGUCCAUCAGCGUCUCCUCAACAUCCUGACACGCCUCCUACAGGAGGGAGGGGCUUCAGGGGAAGCAGGAGGGGCCUGGGAGGGGAAAGGCCACGUCCACACUGCACUAAACUUCUGAGGAUGUCAUAUCCCCAUAAAAGACUUUAUUUCUAUCAAAAGAUUCUUCUUGGGCAAGGUGAUCCCUGCUGAAAUGCUCAACCUGGACUCCAGUGAUCCUCCUGGAGAAAACAUCCCUUUGGCACAGUUUUUAGGUCCAAGGCAGCAGAUUAAGGUACCAGGAGCCACCAAAUAUGGAGCCUUUCUGGGAGAUAUUCAAGAUUAUAUCUCAUCAUCAACAUUAACUACAUAGUCAAAAGUAUGUGGACACUGUGUGUACUUUUGGCCUUUUUGUUCUAAUGAAGGGAAAUCUUAAUGCUGCAAAUGUCUGUUAGUAAUAUUUUAGACAUUGGUGUUCUUCCAACUUUGUGCCAGCAGUUUGUCUCUUUCCUGUUUCAUCAUGACAGAAAUGGUUUUCCCAGUUUGGUGUGAAAGAACUUGCCCAUUGUGCGCCUUUUGGAUGAACUGGAACGUAGACUGUGAGCCAGAGAUGAUCGUCAAAAUCAGUUGGACCUGACUGCCGCUCUUGUGUCCGAAUGGGAUCAAAUCCCUGCAGAAGGUUUAACAUCUAGAUUUUGUUGCCCCAAUUUCUGCUGUUUGUUGUCCAGGGAGUGUGUGAGUAUCUGCAGUGAGAGAGCUCAGCGAUGCCUUAAAUAUCUUCUCAUCAGAGGAGUAUAUUAUAGAUCCAGUGUACUUGGAUCCUCAUGUUUUUUUCUUCCUUUACGGUUAGUCUCAGUGAGAUUUAAAAACCUCAGUUGUUUGAAAUACAUAACUAUAAAUGCUGCAGACAAGCUGUUACGGUGUAGUGACUAUUAGUCAGUAAGUUAAUGGUAGUGGUGGGCGGAUAGAUCCAAAAUAUCGAUAUAUCGAUCCAACGUUGUAUUGAUAUUGAUCGAUACAGUGUAAUGAGAUCGAUACUUAUUUCAGUUUCUGUCCUGUCCGCGCUGCUGCG